UUCUCUAGGAACUUUGAGGGGAGGGCGUAUGGAAAGUCGAGGCAACAUAGUUAAAAGAAACGGUGUCUGUCUGGAUUAAGACACCGACAGCCUCAGUAAAUAUUAAGUCGGUAAUGUGAAGCCGAUGGUGUGAAUAGAUUGCUGGUGGUGUAAGAGGAGGUGUAUUUUAGAAUCCGUGGCUGAGCUGUCUAGUUUUAUAUCUUCUAACAGAAUCAGCAUAGGUGAGUGGUUUGUUUGUUUUUAAUCACUGCUGUAUAAAUUCAAAUAGUAGGGAAGCAAAUCUUCCUCGGCAUUCAUCCCUCUACAAGCACUGAAGCUGUCAUUAAAGCUGUUUCACAGAAUGAAUUCUUGUCCAGUUGUAGCAAGAGAGGGUCCUGUGCGAAGGGUCGCUAUCUUUGGAGGAACCCACGGAAAUGAGUUGUCUGGGGUAUUCCUGGUCAAGCACUGGCAGGAUGAUGGAACGGAGAUUCAGCGACCGGGGCUGGAGGUACGGCCUUUUAUCACCAAUCCAAGAGCAGUGGAGAAAUGUUGCCGAUAUAUUGACUGCGACCUGAAUCGGGUUUUUGAUCCUAAAAGACUUGGCGAACAGCUUGCAGACAACACUCCGUACGAAGUGAGAAGGGCUCAAGAAAUAAACUGCAUAUUUGGUCCAAAAGGUAGCCAUGAAGCCUAUGACCUUAUCUUUGACCUGCACAACACAACAGCUAACAUGGGUGGCACCAUCAUACUGGAAAACUCCAGGGAUGAUUUCACAAUUCAGAUGUGUCGUUAUAUAAAGGAUGCUUUGGCUCCAGAAGGCUGCCCUGUUUUCCUCAUUGAGCAUCCCAACCUGAAAUAUGCAACGACCCGGUCUAUAGCAAAACAUCCUGUUGGCAUUGAAGUGGGUCCUCAGCCCCAAGGAGUUCUCAGGGCUGACAUUUUGGACAAAAUGCGGAGGAUCAUCAAGCAUGGCCUUGACUUUGUGCAAAUGUUCAAUGCAGGAAAAGAAUUCCCUCGGUGUACAAUUGAAGUUUACAAAAUAAUGGAGAAAGUAGAUUAUCCAAGAAAGAAAAAUAAUGAGAUCAUGGCUGUCAUUCACCCUAGCCUGCAGGAUCAAGACUGGCAGCCUCUCAACCCUGGUGACCCUAUGUUUUUAACUCUUGAAGGAAAGACAAUACCAUACGAAGGAGACGUGAUAGUAUAUCCAGCCUUUGUGAAUGAAGCUGCUUAUUAUGAAAAACAACAAGCUUUUGUAAAAACUGUAAUAGAAAAAUUGAGUGCAGAAGGGAUCAGAGCAUGUGUCUCUUAGAACUGGAAUAAUUUUUCAUUUAACUUUUUCAAAUCUUAGGAUGAAACCCAAUUACAGAUGCAUUUGAUCUUUCUAACUCAAGAAAGGCUG